GGGGAGAGGUCCCUCGAGCAUCUACGAGUACAAAUCACAAGCCCACUCGACCUGCAUACCGGUAUUCCGCGAAAUCCGGCUCCAGGGGCUUUUCAUCAAUCUACAAGGCAUCUGAUUGCCAUUUCAGCGGGUGUCGGGGGAUAGACCAAUCCCCGAGACUCUGCCUGCAUCCAUGAUAUGAUACCUGAGUUCAGCGUGGACAAAGCAGAGCCAGUUACCCGGCAUUCGCCAAGAACAUGAGCACGAGGAGAGAGGCUAUGCCAGCCCUCUUGGCGGGAAAAGCGCUGAACGGGAGAUUCGACCAAGCCCGGCCCACCGCGCUCUCGUACCAUGUCGGCCAACUUUUGUCCACGGGGAAACCAUGGGACCUCAACACUUUAUAGACGAUGGAUAUGUUUGAUUGGCGCUUGGCUUGGGUGGGCGACCGUAAACUGACUUCCUAUUUCGAGAGCCGACAGCUCCCUUCUCCUCGACUGCUGCCACUGCCACCUCACCGUCGUCGCUGCGCCUCAACAACUACAUACUGUACUGUAGGGUACGGUAGAUGCUGUGGUUAAAUGUUGUGCGGUCAAGACAAAUAUCUUUCUACGGACGACGAAGCCCUUUCCCUCUUCCACAGAAAAGGCUCACUUCUACCACCACGUAGUCUUUUGCUCGCGAUAUUGUGUCGUCUUUGACCGGCAGGGCAGGCUUGAGAGGGAACGAUCGUCAUUGAGAAACAGGGCAUCAUCACCGAGGUCUGGAGGCCUUUGUGCUUGGUAUGUUUUUGGGAAGGCUUCUUUCUUGUUUUCUUUUUCCUUCUUUCCAAUCUUUGAAUUGGCCCAUCUUACUGUGCCCUACCCUGUUAUCAUUUUUUACCUGCUCGCCCUUUCCCUUCCCUUCUCUCCUGACCUUUGGACGGGGUUCUACGGUGUGAUACCAUCAUAUUGCUGUCCGUUGCGCGUUGUCCCUGCAGAUCUUAACACAAUGGAGAUCUUGCCUGCCGCAUAACGUUCUGGCAUGGCUCAUUCAUCGUUUGCCCAUGAGGCUUGCAUCGCAAUUCCCAUCGUCUACGUGUAUUAGCGAGGGCGUAUAGUUUCUUCUGAUCACAUCGCGCACUCCAUCCUCAUCCCUCAUCCCCCUCUUCGGAAGCAUUAACAUCUUCGGAUGCCGUCUCUUAUUUGAAUCGUCCCUUGUCUUCCAUUUAUCUGCUGCCCAACUCGACAAGAAAUUUCUCCUUGCUUGGGAUAGUCGGUUUAUUAAUACUAUUUUUAAUUUUUUUAAAUUUUUUUUUGUCCUUCUCAUUCUGCUUCUUAUUCGGGCCGUUGUUCUUUCGUCCGCUUGCUGCACUGCGCUGUGCUGCACUGUACUGACAUCACUGCCUUGGCCAUGUGUUUUAAGCUUUGCUGCUGUGGCACAAACCCUUGGUCUUCGCCCCCCUCUCCGCCGGUGCAGCCUCCGCUAGGACAAACCCCAGACUUGCCCAUACUACUUGACCCUAUUGUGCCCGACGUAUCAGGCGCGAUUGAAACAGGUACGGUUCCGAAAAAAUCAAAGGAAAAUACCGUCCCCGAAAAAACUCUCCCACCUGUCGAUUCGGAGUCCAGCGCCACACCUGAACCGAAGAGUAAAGAAGCCAACGGUCCGGCUCGUGUUUAUGGUUCCGCAACAAACAGCGGUAUGGUUUCCAGUGGUAGGACACCCUUGGGGGCUUGGCAUGCUGUGGCUGCAAAGGUAGUUGCCGCGAACCGCUUUAGAGGAGCUGGGCUAUCUUCGCAUGUGGGAGACUUUAGGAUUGAGGAGCUUGGUGGGAAGGGUGGGCAUCUUGUGUUUGGUCCGGUUGCUGUUUUCAAUGGUGGGGGUUAUUGUGAUUUUGCGAUUCUGCGAAGCAAUUGCUUUGUUUGCUAGGGAACCCAUCUAACUAGAUAUCGCGUUUUCAGGAAACGUUUCUCUUGGUAUAAAGAAACCAAUUACUGGCAUGACCCUCACAAUCACAUUCACAGGGGUUGCUGAGGUGGACAAGAACUUGGCAACUUUUCUCAGCAUCUCCCACGAGCUGUAUUCUGGAGGUAUGCCAAAUGCACUUUAUCCUGCUCAUCGUACCAGCAUAAGUUGAUUGAUUUGAUUGAUGGUGUUCGUAGACUUCCAUGAAGGAUUUCGCACAUUCCUCUUCGGCUUCAACUUUCCUCAUCUCAACCUCCCGCCUACAUCUGCGAGCCCUCUGGUUCACUACUCCUUCGCCGCAAAGCUUACGAAGAUGGGCACUGUCGAGGAUGACAGUACUUCAAUCGGAUCACGGAUGGCAGAGCUCAAGAGCAAACCUCUGGAAAUCGUCUUCAUCCCCUACAUUGACCCUGCUCUCGAAUUCCCACCCCUCCCCCGACUUCUACCCCAGGUAUUCCCCGCCAAGGAUAAGAUUUCGAAAGGGAAGGGUGCGGAUACGGCUUCCUCGUUAAAAUCGGUUGGUGGUGCCGAGCCUGCAACCAAUAACAGCAACAUCGGGCCCUUGAAGGUUCCUAAGCCAAAAUUAACCCUGACAACGGCAGAUCUCCCGUUGACCGCGUCGAGCAAUAGCACGCCUAUCAUUGACAGGCCUCGUCCUAUCGAUACUUCUAUCCUCAGGACGGUUUGUGUGAGAGAUGAUGGGAAAGUUGUCGCUAGACUAACCAUCGAGCUCCAAAAGACCAGAUUCCUGCCAGACGAUGAAAUAUCCAUACUCAUGCAAUUUGCUAUCAAAGAGGGUGAUACAAUGCCCAAAGGCUUCAGCAUCAGGGUGGUCGAGAAACGCUGCUUAGCAAGAGUGGAUCCCGACAUCACACCGGACGAGGCCACCAGCGAUGACGAUGAAGACAGCCUACCAAAACUUAACGUCAUCGGAAAAGAGCGUACAAAAGUUCUUACAGGAGGAAAGUUCACCAUACAUCCAGACAGCAUCCGCAACGUGAAACCGGCGGACAUCAACAUUCCAAACCGCACCGAAUCCGCAGACGCUCCCGAGGGAGAAGGAGAAGAUGAGCCCGCGGUCCACCGAGACCUUCUCGGCGGAAAAAAGGUCGAAAUGCCGAUCCGCAUUCGCCUACCAAGCUUCAAAACCUUUAUUAGCGACAUACUCCUGCCCACUGUGGCGCUCCCACUGGGUAGUUUGUUAGCAUACGAUCCGCCGCCAAGGAUCGGCCCGAUAGCUGGUAUCCCCUCGCCCUCGCCUCCGUCCUCCACCCAUCGCAACAAUAAGGGAAAGUCUCCAAUGGUCUCCAACACCUCCAGUCCCGCCACCACCACCGCCCCCUCCAUAAACCAAAACCUCCCCUUGCUCCCACCGAAUCUCGGCUUGAGCUUCAUAGUAGCCCACGUCCUCCAAGUCACGGUUCCAACCUCCACUUCCUGGCUGAAAAAACCGACGUCCACCUCUAAAGACCUAGAAAUCUCAAUACCGAUUGUUCUCGGGAAUAUCAACCCCCACGCAGCGCUCCGUAGGAAAGUUCCCGAUUUUAGAAUGAGCGUACUCGAGGAGCGGAGGUAUGGCGCUGGAGGCUCGAGCAGCAGCAGGAGCAGUAGUAGGAAGGGGAGUGUGGGUUCGGUGAGUGGGUAUGGUGUUGCUAGCGGGAGCGGGAGCGGGAGUGGUGGGAAGGUUACUGGGGGGUGGAGGGAAGGGGAGAGGUUUUUGACGCUGAAGGAGACGGAAGUUAGGCCGGGGUUUAUCGGAGAGUUUUAGCGGUGCUAUUGAGAAGCGAGGGAGAGGAGAGGGGAAGAACAAAGAUGUGCAGCCUUUUCUAAAAAAAACAACAUUUCUUCUCGCUGUCUUUUUUUUUUUUGCCCACUGAGAUGCUGGGAGUUUGGGUUUGGGUUUGUUUUUGUUUGGCCUAAGUUGGUAUAUUUGAUAGUCUCACUUAUCCUACUUUUUGCCUCUGCUUUUGCUUUCCAUUCUUCCCUCUCCGUUAAUGUAAGUACUAUACAACCUUUUGUAAUUCCCUUGUUAUUGUCAAGUGUUUGCGCCGAGUGGAACGAGCGCAUACAGGUGACCAAUGAUCACCGCACCCUGUUUCCUCUCCUUUCCCUGUUAUCGCCAUCACUCCUUGUAUCAUUUCCUAACAUCCAUUCGCUUUUGUAGCGGAAUACUUGUCAUGCCGCGAGAGCCCUAGUUGGCCUAUUUCCUAGCAUUACAUGAUAGCUUGUUUCCCUCUG